CGCGUGGUCGCGCCCGCCGUGCGGAGGAGGUGUGGCGGCGCGCGGCGCGCUCGAGGCCGCGGGGGUCGCGCAGUCGCCGCUCCCCCCGCCGCGGCGGGGAUGCCCACAGCGCGGGACGGCGGCGCCAUGGCGGGCACGGGCGGCGGCCUCGGAGGGGACGGUGCCCACCAGGUCCGAGUCAAAGCCUACUACAAGGGGGACAUCAUGAUAACAUAUUUUGAACCUUCCAUCUCGUUCGAGGGACUGUGCAGUGAAGUUCGAGACAUGUGCUCCUUUGACAACGAACAGCUUUUCACCAUGAAAUGGAUUGAUGAAGAAGGAGAUCCGUGCACAGUUUCUUCUCAGCUGGAGUUAGAGGAGGCUUUUCGGUUGUAUGAACUAAACAAGGAUUCGGAGCUUCUAAUUCAUGUAUUUCCUUGUGUACCGGAACGGCCUGGCAUGCCUUGUCCAGGAGAAGAUAAAUCCAUUUAUCGCCGAGGCGCCCGCCGGUGGCGAAAGCUCUAUUGUGCAAAUGGUCACACUUUCCAAGCCAAACGAUUUAACAGGAGAGCUCAUUGUGCCAUCUGCACCGACCGAAUAUGGGGCCUGGGUCGCCAGGGUUAUAAAUGCAUCAAUUGCAAACUCCUUGUUCACAAGAAGUGUCACAAACUUGUCAGUAUUGAAUGCGGCCGUCACACUCUACAACCAGAACCAAUAAUGCCUAUGGAUCCAUCAUCAGUGCAUACAGAUAGUGUAGAAUCAGUGAUUCCGUACAAUCCCUCAAGUCAUGAGAGCUUGGACCAUGUUGGUGAAGAAAAAGAGGCGAUGAGCAUUAGAGACAGUGGCAAAGCUUCCUCCAGUCUCGGUCUUCAGGAUUUUGAUUUGCUCCGAGUUAUAGGAAGAGGCAGUUAUGCCAAAGUACUGCUUGUUCGAUUGAAGAAAACUGAACGCAUUUAUGCAAUGAAAGUAGUGAAGAAAGAGCUCGUCAAUGAUGAUGAGGAUAUCGAUUGGGUUCAGACAGAGAAACACGUCUUUGAACAGGCUUCAAAUCAUCCAUUUCUUGUUGGACUACACUCUUGCUUCCAGACAGAAAGCAGGUUGUUCUUUGUGAUAGAGUAUGUAAAUGGAGGAGACCUGAUGUUUCAUAUGCAGAGACAGAGGAAGCUGCCAGAGGAGCAUGCCAGGUUUUAUUCUGCUGAAAUCAGUCUAGCGUUGAACUAUUUACAUGAAAGAGGUAUAAUCUACAGAGAUUUAAAGCUGGAUAACGUCCUGCUAGAUUCUGAAGGGCAUAUUAAACUCACAGAUUAUGGCAUGUGCAAGGAGGGUCUGAGGCCUGGGGACACAACGAGCACGUUCUGUGGGACUCCAAACUAUAUUGCACCUGAAAUUCUCCGCGGGGAGGAUUAUGGCUUCAGUGUAGACUGGUGGGCACUUGGUGUGCUGAUGUUUGAAAUGAUGGCAGGCCGGUCGCCAUUUGACAUUGUCGGGAGUUCUGACAAUCCUGAUCAGAACACAGAAGAUUAUCUUUUCCAAGUAAUUUUGGAAAAGCAGAUCCGAAUUCCCCGAUCGCUUUCUGUUAAAGCAGCAGGUGUUCUAAAGAGUUUCCUUAACAAGGAUCCAAAGGAACGUUUAGGCUGCCAUCCUCAAACAGGAUUUGCAGAUAUCCAAGGACAUCCGUUCUUUCGCAAUGUUGAUUGGGAUCUGAUGGAGCAAAAGCAAGUGGUGCCUCCAUUUAAACCAAAUAUAUCUGGAGAAUUUGGCCUGGAUAACUUUGAUUCCCAGUUCACCAAUGAACCUGUGCAGCUCACUCCAGACGAUGAUGACAUUGUGAAGAAGAUUGACCAGUCUGAAUUUGAAGGCUUUGAGUAUAUAAAUCCUCUUUUGAUGUCAGCAGAGGAAUGUGUCUGAAUUCUCCAUUUCUGGACUGUGCCAAUUGUUUCUGUGUUUCUGCAUGGAUAAACAUCUCUUCAUUUGUAUGCACUUGCAUAAAACAAGUAACUUAACAUCUCGCCUUUGCCACCUAGCGUGAACUACUCUCUAAUAUUUUUUUUUGUGUUGUUGUCCAGGACAGUUGUUAUGCUGAACCUUCAGCUGCCAGAUACAAAACAUUAAACUUUCCAACAGUCUUGCCAAACUCUAGUUUUGAUAUAGCAGUUGGUCUCUGGGACUGCUGACUUAACAAUGGGGUCCAGCUGUAGAAUCUGCCAAUAUAGCGUUCUGAUAAAGGAAAGUUUUCCUCUUGCUUUAAGAAUACAAAUUGCAUUAAGGGAUGUAAUGAUAUAUCAUUAAAGGAUCUCCAUUUUUUCAGCAAGACAAGUAAGAUGUUAUCACUUCUCUAGUUCUAAAUCUCUUCUCUCUAAACAUCGCAUAUCCCUGUUCUAGAGUUAGAAGUUAGAGCUAUGUUAAUGCCCUCCAGAUUGCAAUGACAGCAAGGAGAGCAGAUUUUUAUGCAGAAUAGGUCAAGAAUGGCUGCUUUCACAGGAUAUAUUUAUCCUAUCCUAAAGGAGAUGAUUAACUCAAUAUUAGAAUCAAUAGAAUUCACUCCAAAGUAAUACGCUAGAAAUUGUAUGCUGAUACAGUGGGUGCCUUUCUGAGCCUGUUCCUUUCAGUGAGGGUCGUGCAUGGUAUACAGUGUCAGUUUAAAUAAAUGGAAUUCAAUGAAUAUUUUGCAAAGUUAAAAUCUGUAGAGUAUCAUUUAGCAGUAAUGGGCAGCUAAUACUGACAGAUGUGGAACCUCAUACUAUUAUUUAUUGCUUUUACACUUGCUGUCUUAACUGUAUCAGAACUGUGUACCUUACGGCUGUGGCCUAGGUAAGGGCAUUGUUUCCUUUUUUUAAUCUUACUGCCACACUGUUAGAAAUGUAUUCCACUUUAACAGUGGAAAAAGCACAUCUAGCAAAAACCAGGGUGCUCUUCAAUUAUUCCCUUAACUUCUCCACUUAUAGACGGUGAUUUAAAAUCACAAUCAAACCCUAAAUGUUGGUAGUAGAUUCAAAGUUACUAGUGAAGCAGUUGGAAAAAAUUGAAGGAACGGUUCAAACUAGGACUUUUGGGAGGUGCGAUUCUUACAUUUCAGGUUAGUAAACAGUGUAAUGUACAGCACAGAUAAUUCUUAAUUUAGAUGUUUAAGGAAUAGUUUUGAAUGUCUUAGGCUGAAGAGAUGCCAAAUGUACCGCUUUUUUUUUAUUUUGGGGAAAAGGGAUUAAGAGACUUUGAAAAGAACCUGUGUUACCUGAGAGUGAGCUGUAAAGCGAGCUAAGUGUUAUGGAAAGCAGAUCUCAGUAUCUGUAAGCACAAGGUGUAAUGGACCUUAUCUGAAGCUUUUAGUAUGACUUCUGCUUGGUCACCGUCUCUCCUUGAAAAUCUUUGUAUGGUGUCCCUGUGAAUUCAUAGCACAAAUCUUCUGGUGUAUGUUUUUUCACUUGCAUGUUAGCUUCAAGGAGAGAAAUUGCACAAAUACAUUGUAUUGUCAUGGUAUAGUAAAUAGUUUGUAUUUUUGUUUGCAACGUGAAUAGGAAACUUCUAAGUAUUAGGCCGAAUUUUCAAAACUGGGAAGUCACUGGAGGGGCCUCGGUUUCAGGGAAGCAUUGAACUUCUGCACUGUUAAAAUUCAGGUUCCCUUAAAUUCAUGUGGUGUAAAAUAUCAGAGUAAACCUGCUUUUAAAGAGCAGUUAAUAACAGCACCACAUUUAGUUGAUGUUAAGUGAACUGCUACAUGCAGUUUUAAAAGCGUGAUUAAUUGUUUAGCCUCUGUCUUCUACACCAACGUGACCAGUUUAGACAUUGGGACUUAACUGAUAUUAAACUUGAAGUUAUUUAAUGCAAACAAGAAAAGCCUUGUCUCUACUACAGUGGCUCAGUUUUCUAUGGGCUGUUAAGUAAAAUGGCUUUAUGUAAGGAGGAGCAUUUUGGCUAGUCAUCACAAAGAGUAAUGGAGUAAAGCACUGGGUUUUGUGCUUAAAGCAAAAGUUAUUUUUUUAAUAGAAAAUGCCACAGAAAAGAUACUUUUUCUAUUUACAUAUCUAACCGUUAAGAAUGUUGCUAAGUGACAAAUAUCUUACAUGACUGUAAAUUCAUUUUUAAACUCUAAUUUUCUCCAAAGUGCCAUGAUUUUACCAGUUCUUUUUCACUGUUGAGCACAUAGCAACUGUAAUAGAUUUUCAGAAGGGACUUUGGGUGUAAAUGGUUCAGCGCAGUAGGCUUUGUCUUCUGGAGAAAGUGUCUGCAUCAGAAGCAUGAUGUAUUUAUGUGGCGUGAUCUCCUUUUUGUAUGACAGUUGGAUCCUCAUGGGUGCUCUGCUAGUGCGUGUUGUCACUACUGUUUUCUUGUUUUGUAUGGAGUACGGUCUCCAACAUUGUUGUGUAAUCAUUCCCUUUAUUUGUGCACAGUUUUUACUUUAAAUAAAACAUUUAUAUUGGGCCUUUGUGUGUUAACUUCUAAUGCUAGUACUGCAAAAUGCUGGGUUUUGCUUGGGAUUGUCACCUGACCCUCGAAGCCCUGCAGGAGUGUUGUGCUAACUUGGGAAUUUCUUCUAGAAGAUAGCACUGGGAUAGAGCAGAGCGACCUCAGAAACACCUCCCUCAGCCCGUGUUCCCCAAACAUGUCUUUAAAUGGUGGUCCCUCUCUAAUGUGCUUUGCAGGCCUUACAUUCAUCGUGCUCUGUGAAGAAAAAGCAUCCGUGUAGGUUCUGUCUUUUGUUCCAACCCCAGUGAUGAAGCACAAGUAGAGAGGCUUCAGUCAGCUGCAGCAGCUUCAUGUAAAAUAUGAGAUGCAGUUCAAGCUUGCUUGACCGCGGACCUCUUUCAGCUGGAAAUUCUAAGACAUCAUCUCCUCUGCCAGAACUGGGGAUUUGGAGUUUAGAGCAAUGUUCUCAUCUGCUGUACUUACUUCUGCAUGGUUUCUUUCUUUGUUUCUUCAGCUCCUCCUCCACAUUCUCUUAGAUUUCUAACAGGGAGGGCAAGUCCUGUCACCUCAUACCCUACUACAGAGGCAAUGUUUUAAUAUAUAUAUAUUUCAGUGUCCAUGUAUCUAUAGUUUAAAAGACAUUUCCUUUUGUGGUCUGGCUUUUUAUUAAAAGGAAGUAUUGGCAGUCCUAGGCAAACGCUACAGAUGGCUGCAUAUCUUAAAUGCUUAACCUCCCCCCACGCUCGCUUCUUGU